UGAAUUUCUGUUAUUGAAGAUGGAAAAGGAAUCGAUAACAAAGUUUGAGAUCCGGCUUCACAACCGGAACCCUCGGCCAGUAUACUCUCCCGGACAGACCAUAGCAGGGCAGGUGUUUCUCAAAUUAGCAGCUGAGCUUGACUUCCGUGCCAUUACCUUGGAAAUGCAUGGUGACGCCAAUGUUGCUUGGACAGAGCAGAGUGGAGGAGAGAGAAACCACACAAUUCACUAUAAAAACUCUGAGACCUACCUUAACAUAGAACUGUAUCUUAUCGGGGACGGCAGGGAGGAGAGCAAGCUUCCGGCUGGACGUCACAACUUGCCCUUCUCUAUAACUCUUCCCACGAACAUACCCGCCACUUUCACUGGAAAGCAUGGGAGGGUCCAGUAUGACUUGACUGUUAAAAUUAGAAGAAAAAAGAAACCUCUGUACAUUUUUCUUGAUGUCACAGUUGUGUCAACAAUCGACCUCAACCAGGAUAUGUACGGUGCAGCACAUCCGAAGACCAUUAGUGGGAGUAAAAAGUUUGGAUAUCUCUGCUGUACUACUGGUCCACUCAGCGCUUCACUCUCCUUCCCCAAGCUGGGGUUCGUGUGUGGGGAGAGCAUUUCCUUUUCCGCUAGUAUAGAGAAUCUUAGCAACAAGGUCAUGACCAAAUCAAAGAUAAAGCUGAUUGAGAGCAAUAUUUUCACAUCAUCAUGUGGUAAGAAGCAGACCGUAAACAAGACAAUAUUGACCCGCACGAGGGGAAGGAUUGCACCGGGUGCCAGUUUCACGUGGAGUAAUGUCGGGCUCCUCCUACCACCCCUCCCGCCCUCCCGCCUCAUCAACUGUAACAUCAUAGAUAUAAUGUACACUGUGGUGCUCAGUGUGCAUCCCUUAUGGUUUGGGUAUCAUCUGAACGUUCCGGUGAACAUCACCAUCGGUACAAUCCCACUUCGUCAACAUGAACAGGUGCAACACAUCAACCUCCAAUACCAGCCGGACGCAAACGCACCGCCUCCAGCCAUAAGUGCACCACCACCAGACAUUAGUGCACCACCACCAGACAUUAGUGCACCACCACCAGACAUUAGUUCACCGCCUCCAGACAUUAAUCAUAAUGCACCGCCUCCAGCCAUAGGUGCACCACCGCCAGACAUUAGUUCACCGCCUCCAGAUUUUAGUGCACCGCCUCCAGACAUUAAUGCACCACCACCAGACAUUAGUGCACCGCCUCCAGACAUUAAUGCACCACCACCAGACAUUAGUGCACCACCACCAGACAUUAGUGCACCACCACCAGACAUUAGUGCACCACCACCAGACAUUAGUGCACCACCACUACCCAGCUAUGAAGAAGUGAUGCACGGUUGGGCGGCGAUGUAA